CCUCCCUCCCCAGCAAGCGUUAAAUUAAAGUAACGUUAAUCGCAAAUAACCUUUAUUUUGAAGAAACAUUAUCUAUGACCAGCGGAAGUAAUUUACAUAACACGCUCGUCGACAAAAAAUAAUAAUUUUGAGUCAUACAUUUUCAUCGUGCUUUGGAAUUUGAAUGCUGUGGUAUUUUGAUAUUCCUCAAAUGUAGAAGUUGCCUGUCCGUUUGACGACGAGGAAAGACAACAAAAAGUCUUCAGCGAUGGCUGCAACAGUUGAUUUCAGGACCCACGUUGACGCGUCAUGCAGGUAUUCAGAGGAGUUCACCAACAUAUAUUAUGACUGCAUGGACAAGAAAAGAAGGAACUUGAUGCGCCUCUACCUGGACAAAGCGACCCUGGUUUGGAACGGGAAUGCUGUGUCAGGGCAGGCUGCUCUUGGAGACUUCUUUGAGUCACUUCCCUCCAGCGAGUUCAGUAUCCAGACUCUGGACUGUCAGCCAGUGCAUGAGCAGGCAACCCAGGGCCAGACCACGCUGCUGGUGGUGACGGCAGGACAGGUGAAGUUUGACGGUCAGAAGCAGCGUUACUUCAAUCAGAACUUCCUCCUCACAGCCCAGGCCUCCCCCACCAGUGACCAGCCUGUCUGGAAGAUCGCCAGUGACUGUUUCCGCUUCCAGGACUGGAGUAGCUGAGGCCUGCUUUCAGGGUCAUAUUCAUUUGGGCUCACAAUAGCAAAACAAAUUGCAACCGGGUACAAUGACAACCCUGCUUUAAGAUUUCUUUAAAAGUAUACCAGUUAUGUACUGUUUUAUAGUUGGUAAAUCUGCUACAGCCCACUUUCUUCAAAGUUACUGUGUAUGUUAAUAAAGGUACUUUUAUUACAAGACAAGACAAAGUAGUCAAAUACAAAACAUCUUUAUUCACUAAUGUCCUUUAAAGCAUGUGACCCCCAGAACUGAAGUAACCAUUGUUCACACAGUUGAAGAAAUGGACUCUUAAAUGUUACACAUUUGUUAUAACAAGGAUACUAAUAUUUUCAUAACAUUGCUUUGAGUAUUCAGGUAAAAAACAAAAAGCCCAUGCAGUCUAUCCUCCUAGCCAAGUAUUAAAUGGCUGCUAUUAAGUUUCCUGAGUGACGUUUGGUGCAACAAAAGCAAAAUAAUACAAAAUUGAAUAAACCGAAUUGUUAGUCAAUGCUUAUUUAGUCUUAGCCAUCCAUUGCUUUAGAAAAGCCAAGGUAUAUUUUAACAUACUUCUAAAUAAAUAACCAAAUUUAACAGAUGCAGGGAAAGACACAGUAAUGUCGAUACUGCUAUCUUACCAUUAGAGGGACUCAACUACAUAACAUGAGGAAUCGAGUAUUUACAGAACACACCGAGAAAUACAGACAUUCAAAAACACAUCCGUUACAAAACGGGUAAAGAGUUUAGGCUGGAAUGGCAGGUAAGCGCUGGCUGGAAUGUCUCCUUUUCCUCAAUGCUCCAUUUGUUGGUGAAAGUAGGACUUUUCUAUAAACACAUUUCUAUAAAUGCUGGAUCAGCUUCAAGUUUGAUUUCCAAAUAAAUAAUUUACCAUCUACAGUUCACUCUUUUCUAAUGACAAUUGAGGGCAGAACUGGACGUGCUUGAGUGCAAUUUUUUUUUUUUUACAAGUACAUUAUUAGCACAAAUAAUUGUCUAAUAGGGAUAUUCUUUACACACACUAAGAAGAGUAGCCUGGGUAUCAAACCGUUUCUGUUGAACAACACUACAGCUGAAUCCCAAAUUACACCCUAUUCCCUUGAGUGCUCUACUUUUGGUCAGAAGCAGUGUACGACAUAGGGAAUAGGGUGCCACAAGACAAAGUCAGCUGAAGCAGAAACGUGACUGGCACCGACUGAGGCUACAUUAACUAACAGCAGACUGUUGGUGACUUUGGCUUAGGUUAGGAGUAGCCAACCCUGCUCCUGAACAGCUACACAGUGUGGAUGCAUGCUUUUGUUCUAGCCCUACUCAAAACACCAAAUUGGCUGCUUGUAACCAAGACCUUGAUUAGCUGAAGUCAAAUGAGUUACAGCAGGGCAGAGCGAAAGCCUGCAAACCAUGCACCUUUCAAGGCCUGGAACCCUAUUCCCAAUAUAGUGCACAACUCUUGACCAGAGGUCUAUGGGCAUUAGGUGAAGUUCUAGGUCAUUACAUUAUGGUCUCCCAUACAUCCUCUCUAUGUGUUGGAGAUAGUGGUUCUUUAACUCUUUUCUCUUCAGCUUGAAGGCAUCAGUCACCAGUCCUGUCUCAGGGGUCCAGGGCUCUGGGCUGAGGUGGACCUUGACUGGGAUCUCAAACCUCUGGAGUUUAACUAGAAGGGAGAAGGUGAGAUACAGAGUAAAGAGAGUGGAAGGUCAUUACAAAAUCUUUGUUCCAUUAAUUUUUUUGUUGACAUUUUUGAAGUUUGCAUUGAAAUUUGUUGCAACAAUUGUCUGCCAUGAUGCAUUUCUCUUGAACAUCACACCUAUAUAAACACUUGUCGAAUAAAAAAAAGUGGUUAAAGUG